UGCACGCUGUGCUUCCUUGCAGGUGUCUCCAUGUCUCAGCUCUGCAGCUCCUGGGACUUAGACCAGCAAAGCAUGGCGUAUCUCCCCGAUGCAGAGAUGGAAACCAUGGCUGCCAGCACAUCCCUCCCCGACCCGGCCGCUGAGUUUGAUCGCAACGUGCCCCGAAUCUGUGGGGUGUGUGGGGACAGAGCCACCGGCUUCCACUUCAACGCCAUGACCUGCGAGGGCUGCAAGGGCUUCUUCAGGAGAAGCAUGAAGAGGAAAGCGAUGUUCACCUGUCCGUUCAACGGGGACUGCAAAAUCACCAAGGACAACCGGCGGCACUGCCAGGCCUGCCGGCUGAAACGCUGCGUGGACAUUGGGAUGAUGAAGGAGUUCAUCCUGACGGAUGAGGAGGUGCAGAGGAAGCGUGAGAUGAUCCUGAAGCGCAAAGAGGAGGAAGCGCUGAAGGAGAGCCUGAAGCCCAAGCUGUCGGAGGAGCAGCAGAAAGUCAUUGACAUCCUCCUCGAGGCCCACCACAAAACUUUCGACACCACUUACUCCGACUUCAACAAGUUUCGGCCCCCUGUGAGAAACAAAGUCAGCAGCAGUACAGCAACGCAAUCCUCCUGUGUGGUGUCCCAGGAUUUCUCCUCGGAGGACCCCAAUGAUGUUUUUGGCUCUGAUGCCUUCGGUGCAUUCCCAGAGCCCAUGGAGCCCCAGAUGUUUUCCAACCUGGAUCUUUCCGAGGAGAGCGAUGAGACCCCCUCCAUGAACAUCGAGCUGCCCCAGCUCCCCAUGCUCCCACACUUGGCUGACCUGGUCAGCUACAGCAUACAGAAGGUGAUCGGCUUCGCCAAAAUGAUCCCCGGAUUCAGGGAUCUGACUGCAGAGGACCAGAUUGCCCUGCUGAAAUCCAGCGCCAUUGAGGUGAUCAUGCUGCGCUCCAACCAGUCCUUCACCUUGGAGGACAUGUCGUGGACCUGUGGAAGCAAUGACUUCAAGUACAAAGUCAGCGAUGUCACCCAAGGUAAAGGUGCUGCCAGGCUGAGGGCUCAAAGGUAGCGCCCCAGCCUGAAAUUCAGGUGUAAGAAAACCUUACUGAGUAAACUGCAGAUAUUCAGGUGGAUCUUAAACAUCUGC